CAGAAGAACAAGCCUUUCAACGCAGGAGCAUCUGUUUUCACACGUUUAGUGAAAAGGCGUGAGCACUUCCUCUUUCUAUAUUUAUUAUGUACAGUAUUGUGUCACAGCUCUAGAUGAGAGACACUUAUUUACAGGAUUCCUCUGGACUAUCCUAAGUGUGACUCAAGAUGGUGCAACUCCUGUCAUCAUCUUUGCUGACUUUUACUGAGGAUUAUUUCUGAUCAGUUAUGGUGGAGACGGAUGUUUCUAACUCCUGUUUGACAACGCUGAGGAUACUGCGAGUUUCCCUCGUGGAUGAACUGGAAGGACACAUCAACUCCCUGCUGGACGUUUUAGUGAGUCGUGAAGUGUUCACUCGAGAUGAUCGUGAGGUCGUGUUGUGUCAGCUGGGGCCUCGGGCGAGAGUAAGAAAGGUGCUGGAUAUAGUGGAAUGUAAAGGCGAGGAAGCAGCACAGGUUUUUCUGUCUGCGAGGAGUCAUCAGCACUCCAAGGAGGGGAGCACAGAUCAGCCUCAAUCCAUAGAGUAUAACAAAGUCAAACAGAAGCACAAAGAUGUCCUCAGGCGCAGGAGUGAGAGCAUGCUUUUCUACAACACCCGACACGGAGAGAAAAUCCUUUUUUCCGAACAUUAUGUCAACCUCCUGUUAGUCGACGGACACCAGGGCUUAGAGAUUAAAAGACACGAGGUGCUGACCUUCGGACAAAAGCGACUAUCUCUGCAGCAGAAGUCUGCAGUGCGCAGGAAUAUCUCACCAGCCGAACUGUUCUCGAGUGCAAACGGAGUUCGUCCGGUCAAGAAAGUUCUGGUGACUGGGGUGGCUGGAAUCGGGAAAACCAUCCUGGUGCAGAAGAUGUUGUUCGAUUAUGGGAGAAACAAUGACCACCUUGCAUUUGACUUCAUCAUCCACAUGACCUUCAGGGACUUGAAUCUGAUUGAUAAGCCUACAAAUUUCAGGGAGUUGGUGUUGCGUAAAAACAGGCACCUUGCUAAAGUGCUGGAUAAUAUCUUGGCUAACGACAGCAAACUGCUCAUCAUCCUGGACGGCUUCGAUGAGUUCAGACACUACAGGAGCUGUGAUGUUGACAUAUUUGUGACUGAGCCAGAUGAAGAUGCAGAGGUGAAGGAGGUUUUCGGUAGUUUGAUGCUGGGUGAGCUGCUACCCAACGCCUCUGUCAUGCUCACAAGUCGACCUGCAGCCAUCAACCACAUCCCUGUGGGCUGCAUCGACCGCUUCGUCCUCAUCACUGGCUUCUCCUUGGCUGAAGUUCAAGACUUCUUCUUACGUUACUUCCAAGACAGCGUGCUUGCUGAGCGCAUGUUCACAGUGGUCUCGGCAAACGAACUCAUGCUGACGCUGUGCUACAUACCUGCAUUUUGUUACAUCGUGUGCUGCAUCCUCAAGGAAAGCAAAGAUCUCUCUGGAGAAAGCCCCAAGACCAUGACGGAUAUUUAUGUGCAGUAUCUGGUGGCGUUGCUUCGCUCUCACACCCAAGCAAGAGCCGAAACGUUUCUUCAAGACCAGAAAACAGGAACCAUCCAGCAGUUGUCUGAUAUUGUGCUGAAGCUGGGCAGACUCGCCUUCCACAAGCUAAUGGAGCACCAAACGUUGUUCUACACCAGUGAUCGAGAUGUUGAAGCGUUAGAAGGAAGCAGCCUUGUUAGUACUUUCCUUGACAAGACAGUUGCACAAGAACCCGGCUGCACUGAGGAGGUUUUCUCCUUCGCUCAUCUGACAGUUCAAGAGUUCUUUGCUGCUCUUUACUGUGCAGUGACGGAUCAAACUUUACCUGAUGCACUUCAGACCUCAGGAGAGGCAACAAACAACGGACACCUGGACCUUUUCAACCGCUUCCUCUGUGGAAUCCUCUCCGAACGCAAUGCUACUUUUCUGUCCAGGCAGGUGGGAUUGUGUUGCACCAAAGAAAAAGUGGAAACCUAUCGAGAGAAAAUCAUCACAGAGCUCAAGAUGCUGUGUGAGAAUGGAGCUCAUGUUCUAAACUGCUUGCACUGCCUGUUUGAGCAGCAGGACUCCUCACUGGCUGCCGCCGUGCAGCCGAGGACACUACGAGUGAACGUUAGCGAUGAAACACUCUCUCAGAUGGACUACAACGCCAUCAAGUACUUCCUAAACCUCACAAAGGGUAAAAUAUCAGAGCUGGAUCUUACAGGGACUGGAGUGAGCUGUGAUGCACUGAGAGAUAUUCAGCCACUGCUGCUCAGAUGUGAGAAUCUUUGGCUCGGAGAAAACACCCUCACUAUGGAAUCUGUACAGGUCAUUGCUGAUGUGCUGCGAGUGUCAGAAACCAUCACCCACCUUGGGCUUGGAUGGACAAACAUUGGUGAUGAUGAAAUACUGACACUUAGUAGUGCCAUACGGGUGAAAAAAGAACUUCAAGAACUGUGGAUGGAGGGGAAUCGAGUGAGCUACAGAGGUCUGCUGUCAUUCAGUGACUUGACUCCAGAUCCUCUGAAAAGAGUUGUUGCCAUAUGGAAUGACCUGGAAGGCUCAGGAGCUGCGGAAGUGUGCGCCCAAGAAAGCAUUACAGUGGAUUUCACAGAUGAUGACAUGUGGGAAGCGUGGGGGCAAUGGGUGUUCAGAAGGUGUGAGGUCAGCAGCAACGAGAAGUUAGUCACGGUGCUCCCCAAAGUGUGCAACAUAUCAGCCCCAUGCUUGGAGGCCCAGUGGGCCAAGACCUUCUACAACCAGCUGGCACAGCUCAUCAAGAGCAGGAUUGAGGCCUGCACCGAGGACGACAUGUGCAAGAAGCUCAGAAAGUUUGACAGCAUUUUGAACCUAUGAUGAAAACUGAACCAGUCGAUGUAAUGAGCUUAUUUUCAGUAAAAUGCAACUUGGAUCCUUUAAAAAAAAAAAAAAAAAGUUGCUUCCACUAUUGUAAACCUUGUGGUGUUUUUUGAGGAGAGCCAUGCUGGAAAAGAUAUAAAAGAGUGAUUGCAAAUUCCCAAGCAGGUCAGAUAUCUUCUAAUGAGUUUACUGAGAUGCAUUUUGUGAUUUUUUUAUUUGGUGAGUCUCCUGAGAUUGAAGUGAUACAGUGGAGAAAUAAUGAAAUGCUACGCUUGCUAAAGUAAAAAAUGCAAUUAAUCUAGUCAAAUGAAAAAAAGUAACAACUGGCCCGUACGGGGAUCGAACCCGCGACCUUGGCGUUAUUAGCACCACGCUCUAACCAACUGAGCUAACCGGCCACGUUGUCAUGUUUCGAUAAAACUGUUUUUCAAUCAUAAAUUUCACCGUGUUACCGUUUUAUUACCGGCUAUUUAAGGCUACUAUUUAUCAAUUUUUAGAUUUAUAUAUUUAUUUUUUUGCAUUGAUGUUUCCUUGUGAUUAGCUGGGGCUUAUUUUUAUGAUGGACAUUGUAUUUAGUUGUCAUAUGCGUAAUAUAAGUUUCAUUUAAUUUUAUUUUUUACAAUAUGUGACUGUAUUUUUUAAUAAGUGGCGCACAGUUUUGUUUUUAUUAAA